UCGUAACAUUGGAGUCAGAGCGUCAGAUAACCUGUACACGUCACGCUCUAACGUUCAACGAUCAACUGACAGUCACUAGCAUUCAGCUCCGCUUCUCGAACUCACAAUACAGACUUCUCUGAACAUAUCCCAGCAGACACACUAAGCUGCACAGUUCAUCAUGAAGGUUGUUGUCUUGUUUGGUCUUCUGGGCGCUGUGCUUGGUGGAAUGAGCCUGGAUGACAUUCGCAGUGGUUUUAAACGUCUCGACAUGAAUAACGACGGCACGGUGCGAACGAACGAAGUGACCGAAUUCUUCAACAGAAUCGACACUAACGGUGACGGCUUUGCGACCCUCGAGGAAUUCAAAGCUUACCUACCCGCCGAUGUACCCCAAGCUAAACUUCAGGGCUCCUUCAAAUUUUACGACAAAACAGAUGGAGAGGAUGACAAUAAAGUAUCUCGAGAAGUUGCUAGCAAAGUGUUCGACAAUUUGGACCUUAACGACGACAGGGAAAUUCCCUUUGAAGAAUUCAUGCAGACCUAUCCACUGAUGAAAGCUGCCAUUGCAAAAGAGAUUCUGGCCUUAUCCGCUUGAUAAGAGAGACUCACGGAAAUGGUAGCCGGAGGAGAGGAGAAAUAGAAGUUGUUCUUCUCAAUAUGUUGAUGUAGUUUUAGAGUUUAGUGUGUUGGUGAGGAGGGGCUGAUGGUAUUUUUGAAAACAAAUUGAGAUAAAAUAAAGGUUACAUCGUUAAUACUGUUUA